AUGCCGCAUGUUUUGGAACUAAAGAGACGAACUGUUAUAAUUGCAUGUAAAUUGCGUCAAAUGCAGGGUCGUGGAUGGGGAAUUAGUCCGUAUAUACAAAAGGUUCUUUAUCUCACCUUUAUCGAGAGAAUGGUCACCUAUGCGGCUGCUAUAUGGGCUGAACCCAUGCAGGGUCGCAAAGUACGCCACUUGCAAAGUCUACAGCGUCAAUUUGCCUUACAGAUAACUAGGGCGUUUCGUACUACCUCAUCCAGUGCAUUAAAUGUCAUGGCGGGACUGAUCCCUCUACAUCUACGUACUCUGCAGGAAGCAGCAAUACAAUCCGUCAAGGUUUUGAAAAAACCUUUCAUCCUAUUUGAUGAACUUUUCACACCAUUGCACUAUGAACAACCCUCACAACAUUUAGAUGUGCAUCCAGUCCUUCAAGGAACAGGACUUCGGAUUUUCCUUAAAGACGUAACACUGCCACCUAUCCCAAGCAUUCAAUAUUUCACUGAUGGAUCUAAAAUAGAUCAACAGAUAGGCUGUGCCCUUGUAGCCUUUCAUAAUGGUCUGUCAAUUUAUCAGUGGCUGGGUCAUCUCCAUGGAAAUAAUAGUGUAUUUCAAGCGGAGGCCCUAGCCGUCCUCAAAGCAGUUCAACACUGUAAAACAAGUGGUGCUAUGGAGGCAAUAAUUAUCACUGAUAGUCUUUCGUCGCUUCAAGCGAUUCAAAACCCCAGACAUUCUUCUUCGCUUAUCUCGGACAUCCAAUGUGAACUUCGUAAUCAAGUGGGAAAUAACAUCACGCUAGCUUGGACUAAGGGCCAUGCUGGGGAUCACGGUAAUACUUUGGCAGAUAAUUUAGCCAAAAAAUCAGCUGCCGAAAAUACCGAUGCCGAGGCUGAAGAAGUGAUUCUUAUCUUAAGUGGCCAACAUCUCACUUAA